AUGAAUAUGGGAUCUGUCACUGGAGCUGUCCUCAAGACGUUACUUCUGUUGUCUACUCAAAACUGGCACAGAGUGGAAGCCGGGAAUUCAUAUGACUGUGAUCAGCCCCUGGUGUCUGCCUUGCCUCCGGCAUCCUUCAGCAGUUCUUCUGAGCUCUCCAGCAGUCAUGGUCCUGGAUUUGCAAGGUUGAAUCGAAGAGAUGGAGCUGGUGGCUGGUCUCCACUUGUGUCCAACAAAUAUCAAUGGCUGCAGAUUGACCUUGGAGAGAGGAUGGAGGUCACGUCUGUGGCCACCCAAGGUGGAUAUGGGAGCUCCAACUGGGUGACCAGCUAUCUCUUGAUGUUUAGUGACAGCGGAAGGAACUGGAAACAGUACCGACAAGAAGACAGCAUCUGGGGUUUUGCUGGAAACUCGAAUGCAGACAGCGUUGUGUACUAUAGACUCCAGCCUUCAAUCAAAGCCAGGUUUCUGCGCUUCAUCCCUCUAGAAUGGAACCCCAAGGGCAGAAUUGGAAUGCGAAUUGAGGUGUUCGGGUGUGCAUACCGGUCAGUGGUAAUUGAUCUUGAUGGAAAAAGUUCCCUUCUCUACAGAUUUGAUCAAAAUUCCUUGAGUCCAAUAAGAGAUAUCAUUUCUUUGAAAUUUAAAACCAUGGAGAGUGAUGGGAUCCUACUGCACAGGGCAGGGCCUGCUGGAGAUCAUAUCACAUUGGAGCUAAAAAGAGGAAAACUCUUCUUACUUAUUAAUUCAGGUGAAGCUAGACUGACCUCUAGUUCCACCCUGAUCAACCUGACCUUGGGCAGCCUGCUGGAUGAUCAGCAUUGGCAUUCUGUGCUCAUACAGAGACUGGGCAAACAGGUCAACUUUACAGUGGACGAGCACAGGCAUCACUUCCAUGCCCAGGGAGAAUUCAAUUACCUGGAUCUUGAUUAUGAGAUCAGCUUUGGAGGGAUCUCAGCACCUGCAAAAUCAGUGUCAUUGCCAUACAAACAUUUCCAUGGAUGUUUAGAGAACCUCUAUUAUAAUGGAGUGGACAUCAUCGGCUUGGCCAAGCAACACAGCCCUCAGAUCAUCACCAUGGGAAAUACAUCGUUUUCUUGUUCACAACCACAGUCUGUGCCUCUGACUUUCCUGAGCACCAGGAGUUAUUUGGUACUCCCAGCAUCUUCCAAAGAGGAAGCCAUCUCAGCCAGUUUUCAAUUCCGAACCUGGAAUAAGGCGGGACUUCUGCUCUUCAGUGAACUCCAAUUGGUUUCGGGCGGUCUUCUCCUCUUGCUCAGCGAUGGAAAACUUAAACUGAAUCUCUACCAGCCAGGAAAGUCACCCAGUGACAUCACAGCAGGUGCUGGCUUAGAUGAUGGUCAGUGGCACUCUGUCUCCUUGUCUGCUAAAAGGAAUCACCUGAGUGUGGUCGUGGAUGGCCACGUCACCCCUGUUUCUUCUUGGCUGGGGCCUGAGCAAGUUAAUUCAGGAGGCAUCUUUUAUUUUGGAGGAUGUCCAGACAAAAGCUUUGGAUCCAGGUGUAAGAGCCCACUCGGUGGAUUUCAAGGAUGUAUGAGACUCAUAUCCAUCAACAAGAAAAUGGUAGAUCUGAUUGCAGUCCAGCAGGGGUCCCUUGGCAACUUCAGUGACCUUCAGAUAGACUCAUGUGGCAUCUCAGACAGGUGUUUGCCCAACUCUUGCGAGCAUGGUGGCGAGUGUUCUCAGUCUUGGAGCACCUUUUAUUGUAACUGUACAAACACAGGGUACACAGGAGCCACUUGCCACAGCUCUCUCUAUGAGCAGUCAUGUGAAGCCUAUAAGCACCGAGGAAAUGCUUCUGGGUUUUACUACGUAGACUCAGAUGGAAGUGGGCCUCUGCAACCAUUUCUCCUAUACUGCAAUAUGACUGAAACGGCAUGGACCAUCGUCCAGCACAAUGGCUCCGACUUAAUGAGAGUCAGGAACGCUCAUUCCGAGAACCCACACACUGGGGUUUUUGAGUAUGCGGCCAGCAUGGAACAGCUGCAGGCCUCCAUUAACCGUGCAGAGCACUGCCAACAGGAGCUUGUGUAUUACUGCAAGAAGUCAAGGCUCGUUAAUCAGCAAGAUGGAAGCCCUCGGAGCUGGUGGGUGGGAAGAACCAAUGAGACACAGACCUACUGGGGAGGUUCCAUGCCUGUGCCUCAAAAGUGCACUUGUGGCUUUGAAGGGAACUGCAUAGAUGCUCAGUAUCACUGCAACUGCGAUGCGGAUCGGAGCGAAUGGACCAAUGACACUGGAUUCCUCUCCUAUAAAGAACAUCUGCCAGUCACUAAGAUAGUGAUUACAGAUACAGGACGUCCCCAUUCAGAAGCUGCUUAUAAACUGGGACCUCUGCUCUGCCGAGGAGACAGGCCGUUUUGGAAUGCAGCUUCCUUUAAUACUGAGGCUUCCUACCUCCACUUCCCCACAUUUCAUGGAGAGCUCAGUGCUGAUGUGUCCUUCUUUUUUAAGACCACAGCCCUGUCUGGGGUGUUUUUAGAGAACCUGGGAAUCACCGAUUUCAUACGUAUAGAACUACGCUCACCCACAACAGUAACCUUUUCAUUUGACGUGGGGAAUGGCCCUUUUGAAAUCUCCGUGCAGUCACCCACCCACUUCAAUGACAACCAGUGGCAUCAUGUGAGAGUAGAAAGGAACAUGAAGGAGGCAUCACUUCGGGUAGAUGAACUCUCGCCAAAGAUACAAGCUGCUCCCACUGAUGGUCAUGUCCUCUUACAGCUCAAUAGUCAACUCUUUGUGGGUGGGACCGCCACCCGGCAGAGGGGCUUCUUAGGAUGCAUCAGGUCUCUUCAGUUGAAUGGGAUGGCGCUGGAUCUGGAAGAAAGAGCCACAGUGACCCCUGGGGUACAACCAGGUUGCAGAGGACACUGUGGUAGCUAUGGAAAGUUAUGCCGCCAUGGAGGGAAGUGCAGGGAAAAGCCCAGUGGCUUCUUCUGUGAUUGCGCUUCCUCUGCCUAUGCAGGACCAUUCUGUUCCAAAGAGAUUUCUGCAUAUUUUGGAUCUGGGUCUUCUGUGAUUUACAAUUUUCAAGAAAAUUAUUCUUUAAGUAAAAACUCCAGCUUCCACGCAGCUUCAUUUCAUGGUGAUAUGAAGCUGAGCAGAGAAAUGAUCAAAUUUAGCUUCCGGACGACACGGGCACCAAGCUUGCUACUGUAUAUGAGUUCCUUUUAUAAAGAAUACCUCUCAGUUACCAUUGCCAGAAAUGGAAGUUUGCAGAUAAGAUACAGGCUAAAUAAGUAUCAAGACCCGGAUGUUUUCAGCUUUGACUCUAAGAGCAUGGCAGAUGGGCAGCUUCAUCACAUAAAGAUUAACAGAGAAGAAGGAAUGCUCUUUGUGGAGAUUGAUGAGAAUACAAGGAGACAAGCCUACCUGUCAUCAGGCACAGAAUUCAGUGCAGUCAAAUCUCUGGUACUGGGCAGAAUGCUAGAGUACAGUGAUGUUGACCAGGAGACGGCACUGGCUGCGUCCCAUGGCUUCACAGGCUGCCUCUCUGCAGUGCAGUUCAGCCAUGUGGCACCUUUGAAGGCUGCUUUGCACCCUAGUCACCAAGCCCCUGUCACUGUGACAGGGCAUGUAACAGAGUCCAGCUGUGUGGCCCCUGCUGGCACCGAUGCCACAUCUAGAGAAAGGACACAUUCAUUUGCAGAUCAUUCUGGAACAAUGGACGACAGAGAACCUCUCACACAUGCAAUCAAAAGUGAUUCUGCAGUAAUUGGAGGUCUGAUAGCUGUUGUGAUCUUUAUCUUGCUUUGCGUCUCUGCCAUAGCUGUUCGCAUUUAUCAACAGAAAAGGUUAUACAAAAGAAAUGAGGCAAAAAGGUCAGAGAACGUAGACAGUGCUGAGGCUGUUUUGAAAAGUGAGCUUCAUAUCCAAAAUGCAGUCGGUGAAAAUCAGAAAGAGUACUUCUUCUGA